AUGCAUGUUGCAUGGACCGCUGCAACGAUGAUAAGGCAGCACUUGUUUUUCUAUGGCAUGCUUGUCCCUGUCACGCCGACCGCCUUAAUACAAAGAGCUGGUGUGUCCCCGAAAGACUGUACGUUGAGUUUUGCCACGCUGCGGCUUCUGUCCUCAGGUCAUUCUACUGAUGGAUACGACGCCCUAGUACAGAAAUGGAACUCAAUUCUCCAGGCCAUCUAUGGCGGCGCAACACUAGCAAUAUCCCCGGCCGCUGGCUUGUUCAUGGAUCGCAUGGGGUCCCGUCGCACUCCUUUCCUGCUCUGUCUUGUCUGUCUCACAGGCGCCACGGCGCUUCUUGCCGUCGGGACAAACAUCGGCCUCUGGGUUGCAGGACGCCUUCUUCAAGGUGCAUCCGCGGGAGUGUUAUGGGUCGUGUGCCUGGCUCUUCUCACUGAUACCGUUGGCCCGGCAGGCAUCGGCCAAGCGGUCGGGGUCAUUGGCAUCCCAAUGAGUAUAGGACCAAUUGUAGGGCCCCUACUUGGCGGCGUCAUCUACGCCCACGGUGGAUACUACGCCGUCUUCGGACUGAUGUUCGCCAUGCUGGGCGUGGACGCCGUGCUGCGGCUCGUCAUGAUCGAGAAGAGAGUUGCCCAGAAGUGGUUGGAGGCCGAGACUGUCCAACCUGACAUACCCGAUGUUCGUCCCGAGUCCGAUUCACCAGUGAGUCUGACUCCGUGUCCCGAAUCUUCCGAUACUUCCUAUACGAUGACAGGAAACGACGAUGAGACGACCAAUGGGGCGCCUCCUCCAAGUCAAAUUCUGCACCACCAGCUUCCCCCAAUACUAAGGCUUCUGCUGUCCUUCCGAAUGCUUGUGGGUCUCGCUGGUGGACUGCUGCAGUCCUGCUUAAACGUCGCGUUCGACAGCACUCUACCCCUGGUCGUCAACGCGCUCUUCGGAUGGCAGCAGACCGGACAGGGUCUAAUCUUCAUCACAAUCUUGCUUCCAUCCCUCCUACAGCCCGUCUUCGGCGCGAUAACCGAUAGAUAUCAGCAAGGGAGACGACUGCUCGCAGCCGGUGGUUGUCUUCUGGCCACCCCGGCCUACGUGCUCUUACGUCUUGUCACGGAGGACACGCUGAGCCAAAAGACCCUGCUUUGCGUUCUCCUGGUGAUCAUCGGCCUGGCGAUGGCCAUUGCCAUGCCGGCGAUUAUUGCAGAGAUUGGUGCCACUGUUGCAGACGCGGAGAAGAAUGACCCGCAAGCCAUCAAGGGAUCCGUCAUUGCCACGGGAUGGAGCCUUGUCAAUGCUGCCUACGCGGCCGGUUGCUUGAUUGGCCCCUUGUUCGCAGGCCUCAUCCGCAACGCGGCUGGUUGGCAAACAACGACGUGGUGCCUAGGACUUUUGAGUGCAGUUACGGGAGUGUUUCUGCUGCUGUGUCUAGGGGGUUGGAUAGGGAAGCUUCGACCAAAAGCAUUCGUACACAGGGUACCUAUAUGA